AUGCAGUCACCACCCUGUGCUCGAUGUCUGAGGUUGAAUAUACCAUGUACAGUAGAGCCAUGCUACCGACGUGUCAACCGAAGAGAUCGCGUGCAGCAGCUAGAAGCCCAAGUCCAAGAGCUGAAGGAUAUCUUGAAUCGAGAGAAACCAGAAACCGCAGCUAAUUCGACGCACUCAGUGGACACCGCGAGUUUCCAUCAUUCUGAUGUGCGCUCUACGGAUCUUAAUGCUAUGGAUGAGUCGAUCAUCGUUAGCCGCGCUGAACCACCAGCUGAACAGGAGAUUCCAAGCGAGGAGCAUCAGAAGCCUGAGAGCACGGAUUACACGCUUGGUUCUGUCAGACUUAGUGUAAUGCAGGUUGAACAGUUGGUACAUAUUUUUUUUGAAAAGUACCAUCCAAUGCUACCCUUUCUGGAGGAGUCUCGAACGCCUGCGGAGUACUACAGAGCAUCAAGACUUCUAUUUUGGUCUAUAAUUGCGGUGUCCGCAAGAAAUUUCUCGACAGAUCCUUCUCUGUUGAUGAAACUUACUCCCGCACUAAGCGAGCUCUUAUGGAAGACAAUCACUUCGAACCCCAUCUCUCUCGCUCAAGUCCAGGCGUUGAUCCUCAACUCCUGUUGGCCGCUGCCAAAUUUUCGCUUCUGGAGUGAUAAAUCUCCCGUCUACGCCAAUCUUGCUCUAAUCUAUGCCACCCAUUUGGGAUUGCAUAUGCCAGGACAUGAGCAAGAAUAUUCCCAAAAAAAGGUUCCUUCAACAAAUAUUCAUAUAGUGGAGCGAUCUAAUGCCUGGAUAGCCUGUAGAAUAGUGGCUCAGAGUGUCACGAUAAAUUUAGGUCUUCCACCGCUCGCGCCUCUCGGGUACAACUUCUCUCAGGCACAUGAAGAGGACAUGACCUUGAAUAUUCCUCUACAUUUAAAACACAACUUCCUGAUUCAGAAUUCCAGCUUUAGGGCAACUCAAGUACUAUUUAGCCUAAGAGAGUCGUCUUCAACAUAUACGCCUACGGACACCUACGCGGAACUAGAGUCGAUAGAAAACGACUUCUAUUUAUUACAUCAAAGUCUUGAGAAGGAACUAUCUUUCAUUAACUCCGUUCGUCUCUCAGGAGCAAUAUUACUGUUCCAAUGUCUGUACUUCGUGCAAGACAAGUCGCAGCGGAGGAAGCAGAGAAAAGAAGGCAUUCUCCGUGCUUACGAGACGGCGACCAAGUUGAUCACGACAGCUAUUUCGCAUGACUCGGCACACGAAGAGUUGUUGUACUCUCCAGUAAUUGUUGGGCGUUUGAUUUUCGUCGCUGCUCUGGUCAUUUUUCGUGUUCUUCAUUCUAUCUAUGCUACUGCCACCACGAUAUCAGGUCAACAACCAGAUCGCAACGCAGGUCAAAUAUUAUAUAACUCCGCCUGUUUUGCUAUCCGCCGUUGCUCAGUUCAAAGCAAUGGCAGAGAUUUUUCAAUGCGCAUGGCGGAUCUACUAAAGGCUUUAUGGCGUGGGGGUGAGAAUGACGCCGAGCUCUGUAGCCAAGAACCAACUGUCAAAGUGCAGAGCCGCUUGGGUGCGGGUAUAGUAUUCGACUGUUUACAAAUUUGGCGUGGGUAUGGAAACCCCUCUAAAGAUCCCUCUCGAGAGUGCAGUCGUGGAAACAGUAAUACUCGAAACGGACCGCAGCAGCAGCAAAAUUCGCUCGGCCAGACUUCCAGCUAUCAGCCUCAGUCAUUUGCGACGUUGCAGCAGGGGUCGGUAGGGUCGGAAUGGGUGAAUGACUCAAGCCUACCCAUAGACCUAUUUGAUGGUGUUAUGAGUGGUGGAUGGGAAGAAAUGCUAAACCCAGAUUGGAAUUUCCUGGACGAAUUUCAUCAAAAUACGCAGGACUGGGAACUUUAA